UUUUGACAGUACAAUUGUUUUUAAUUAUUAAUUCACAAGCCGCUUUAUUUUAGAUAAAUUAUUUGUUUUAAAAAUGGGCAAGAAAGACAAGAAUAAGAAAAAAGGCAAAGGUGCUGAAAAAACCGCUAUGAAAACAGACAAAAAACUUGCGGCCAAACAGAAACGCAUGCUGGAGAAACUUGGUGAAACUGACAUUGCAGAAGUUGUUGCAAAAUUAGAAGCAGAAGAGUUGCGAUUAAAAGAAGUUACAGAAGUGAUAUGUGCUCCACCCACUCCACGCUCCAACUUUACAAUAGUGGCUCAUCCAGAAAAAGAGGAGCUUAUAUUGUUUGGCGGUGAAUUUUUUAAUGGACAAAAAGUGUGUGUUUACAAUGAUCUUUACAUCUAUAAUAUAACAAAAAACGAAUGGAAACAAGUUCGCUCACCUUGCGGACCACCACCACGAAGCGGUCAUCAAAUGGUAUCAAUUGCCACAGACGGCGGUCAGUUGUGGCUUUUUGGUGGUGAACAUGCAAGUCCGUCGCAAUUACAAUUUUAUCACUAUAAAGACCUUUGGGUUAUGAGUCUGAAAACACGUAAAUGGGAAAAAAUCACUGCACCCAACGGGCCCAGUGCACGUAGUGGUCAUCGUAUGGUGGCUGCGAAAAAACGUCUUAUAGUCUUUGGUGGCUUCCACGAUAAUAAUCAAUCGUAUCACUACUAUAAUGAUGUGCAUAUGUUCUGUUUGCAAACUUACGCUUGGCUCAAAAUUGAAGUCACUGGUGCAAUAGUACCACAACAACGUUCGGGUUGUUGUAUGGCUGCUUGCCCAGACGGUAAAAUACUUAUAUGGGGCGGCUAUUCAAAGUCACAAGUCAAGAAAGUUGAUCGUGGUGUUACGCACACUGAUAUGUUUGCUUUAGUUCCAGAUAAAAAUAGCCCAAAUGAUAAAUUUAAAUGGAAUACAACCAAAGCAAGUGGUUAUAAACCAUUGCCACGAAGUAGCGUAGGUUGUACGUCUGCACCAAAUGGCAAAGUCUAUUGUUUCGGUGGAGUUAUGGAUGUUGAUGAAGAUGAAGAAGACGUGCGAGGUCAGUUUGGUGAUGAAUUACUAGCUUUAGACUUAUCGAGCCAAGCAUGGCGCACUGUAGAAGUUGCAAAAAAAUCAAAAACAAGUAAAACCAAUACUGCGAGUGACGUAGAGAUGAAUGAAUCUAAAGAUGUAAGCAAAACACCAACAGUUACCAGUGAUGGCAUUUUUACAGUAACAGUGGCAGGUCCUAGCUUAUCGCAACCUGUACCCAAUAUGCCAAGUCUAUUUCCAAAUCGUCCAUCUAAAUUUGAACCAUCACCACGUAUGAAUCCUGGUCUUUGUGUCUGUAAAGGUGUACUUUAUGUAUUUGGAGGAAUUUUUGAAGAGGAUAACAAACAAUUUACUUACAAUGAUUUCUAUGCGCUCGAUCUACAUAAAGCAAAUGAAUGGAAGGUCCUUAUUGCCAAUGAUAUGAAUGUGCAUGACUGGAUUGAUAGUGAUGGUAGUAGUUCAGAUACAGAUGAUAGUGAGGACGAAGAGGAUGACGAUGAAGAUUCAGAAAUGGAAACCGAUUAGUCAAUUUCAAAACAAUUUAUACACGCGUAUGUGGAUUACAAUUUAAUAAAAAUUACUGUACACUUUA